CUGGCCUCAGUACAUUUUGGAGCGGACCCAGAUGAUGGGGUGGUGCUGCUCGGGCAUAUGCACAGCCCUAGCUCUCCUGGCACUCCUGUUGCCCUUGCGGGAGAGGGCCUGCUUGGGACUGAAUCCCAGCUCUGGGGAUCUGGAGAAGUCCCCGCUCUCUGAUCCAGGCCCAUGGGAGGCCCUACACAGGCACAAACGCAGCUGGGUAUGGAACCAGUUCUUCGUAUUGGAGGAGUACACGGGAAAUGAGCCACUCUAUGUUGGCAAGCUUCACUCAGAUGUGGACAAAGGAGAUGGCAAGGUCAAGUAUGUAUUAUCUGGGGAAGGAGCCACCUCCAUCUUCACCAUUGAUGAGAACACAGGGGACAUCCACGCCACGAAGCGCCUCGAUCGGGAGGCCCAGGCCUACUAUACCCUUCAAGCCCAGGCGGUGGAUCGACUCACCAAUUUACCAGUGGAGCCCAAGUCUGAGUUUGUGGUCAAGGUCCAGGACAUCAACGAUAAUGAGCCCAAGUUCCUUGACGGACCGUACUUGGCAGGGGUUCCGGAGAUGUCGCCGUUAGGAACCAUGGUAGUGCAAGUGGCAGCCACAGAUGCAGAUGACCCAACAUAUGGGAACAGUGCCAGGGUGGUCUACAGCAUCAUCCAUGGGCAACCGUACUUCUCAGUGGAGCCAAAGACAGGUGUCAUCAGAACAGCUCUGCCCAACAUGGACCGGGAGACCAGGGACCAGUACGUGCUCAUCAUCCAGGCCAAAGACAUGGUGGGUCAGAUGGGCGGUCUCUCGGGCACCACGUCCGUCACUGUCACGCUGACCGAUGUCAACGACAACCCGCCUCGCUUCACUCACAAGAACUAUCAGUACACGGUGCCGGAGUCACUGCCCGUUCAGUCUGUUGUGGCCAGAAUCAAGGCAGCUGAUGCCGACAUAGGCUCCAACGCAGAGAUGGACUACAGGAUCAUGGACGGGGACGGACCGGGCAUGUUCAACAUUACAACCGAUGAAGACACACAGGAUGGAGUCAUCAUUCUCUUAAAGCCUCUAGACUUCGAGACAAAGAGCAGCUUUUCACUGAGAAUCGAAGCCACAAACAGGAAUAUUGACUCCAACUUUUUGAGCCUGGGUCCAUUUAGCGACACCACAUCAGUCAAGGUGACGGUGGAAGACGUGAACGAGGCGCCGGUCUUUUCCACGCCGCUCAGCAAGAUGGUCAUUUCAGAGGACGCCAAAGUGGGCACCUCCAUCGGGAGAGUCUCCGCCCACGACCCAGACACCACCAACAGCGCCAUCAGGUACUCCAUAGACAGGAACACAGACUUGGAGCGCUUCUUUAACGUGGAUGCUCACAGCGGGGUCAUCAGCACUGCCAAACCUCUGGACCGUGAAGCGAACUCGGUCCAUAACCUCACCAUCUUCGCCAUCGAGCACCAGGAUCCAGCCCAAAUUGGGAAAGGCAUCACUGUCAUCACGGUGCUGGACAUAAACGAUAACGCCCCAGUCUUUGCCAUAGACUAUGAAACUCUCCUCUGUGAACACACCAUGCCAGGACAGGUAAGACCCAGAAACAGCUCUGCAGUUGGUCUGCUUUUCUUUUCCUUUUUCCCUCUCGCCUCCCAUGCGCUUGAAGUUUGA